AUGGCUAAAAUUAGUUUAAUCUGGACACUCAUUAUCAGUGCCGUUCUUGUCUGCAUCCAAAUCUUGAUGCAGUCGGUUGAUACUAUAGUAGCCAAACGUCGCUGUCGCAAGUCUUAUGGCUCAUUGGAAGAUGUUUCCUGGAUAUACACUCCUGGAGCAGAUUGUUACAACUGCGAAGCGAAAACUGUCCAAGCAGCCAUCCAACAUCACUUAAGUACCCAAAACACGGCGAACAAGAUCUCCUGCACCCAGUGUCUCGACCUUAGUUACUCGGUUUCUUGGACUGGUCAUCUUCUCAUUGGCCCAACGGACGGUUUUAACAGUACGAUGUAUUGUGGUUCAGAGCUCUCUUCCUUCCAAGAAGGUGGUUCGAAAUUCCACUCCCCUCCAGCAAAUGGUCGAAAACUUGGUCCGAAUUUCUCUUCCAUUCCAGCAAGUGGUCCAAAACCAACUACCAUGUCGAUUAAUCGUGUUGAACUUUGA